AUGGUUCGCCGCAACCUCCUCGCCGUUGCUGUCGCCACCAUCUUGGGUGCUUCUCACCUCGCCGAGUCUCACACCUGGGUCGAGCAGCUCAACCGAGUUGCCGCCAACGGAACCCUCGUUGGUUCUGCUGGCUUCCCUGCCGGAUGGCCUGGCCGCGCCAGCUCUGCCUUUAACGACGCUACGUUUACUAACCGUAUGCCGGGUGAUGGCUUUGCCAUGUGCAAGCAGGCUGUUGGCAAGCAGGUCGAUGGCUUCCCUGCCCUCACCGCUGCUCCUGGCGACUUUGUUUCCCUUCGUUACCAGGAGAACGGCCAUGUCACUCUCCCGAACGUCCCGGAGAACAAGCCUCUGAACCGUGGCACUGUCUUCAUCUACGGUACCACUCAGCCCAAGGCUGACGACACUCUCUUCGACGUUCAUCGCCAGUGGACCACUGACGGCAAGGGAGGUGACGGCCGUGGCCGCCUCUUGGCUACUCGCAACUUCGAUGAUGGUCAGUGCUACCAGAUCAACGGCCAGUCCAUCUCUCAGGAGCGCCAGAGCAAGUUCCCUCACGAGGCCGCUCAGCCCAUGGGUCGUGAUGUCUGGUGCCAGUCGGCUGUUCAGCUGCCCGAGGACUUGGCCCAGAACUCCGACUACACCCUCUACUGGGUCUGGUCUUGGCCUACCCUCGCCCAGUCUGCCGUCGCUGCCUCCAAGAAUGGUCAGUUCGCAGACUUCCCCGCCGGCUUCACUGGAGACAAGCGCGCUGUCACCUCGAAGGAUGUCACCACCGCCGAGCUCUAUACUAGCUGCUCCUCCAUCAAGGUCAAGGGUGAGAAGCUAGUCAGUGGCGCCAAGGCUGCCUCGGGCUCCAACAAGGCCGCCAACGCCCUUGCGGGUUUCUCCUUCCUUGAGAAGCCUGACUACAACAACAACGCGAUCAAGGACCAGAUCGCCAACCAGUUCCAGGUCAGCGUCAAAGGCCAGGGCACCCCCAACAAUUCGAACCCCAGCAACGGUACUCAGAGCAGCGCUCCGGUUACCACGACGACUCCCACUGCCCCAGCUAGAGUUGCUGAUGGCACCGGCAAGGUUCGUGUCGUCACUGUCACCGCUCCUGCCGUCACUCUCUACGAGAUUGUCACUGUCACCGUGGAUCCUCAGUCGUCACCCACUCCCUCCAACAACCCCGCUGGUGAUGAGGGUGCUACUCAAGCCAGUGUCACUCCCUUCCGCAAGGUCCGUCACGUUCGUGGUAGAGACUCUUGGAGCUUCGGUCAGCGCGACUAA